CUCUCAGCUGUGCGUCUCGGUGAGGAGAAUCUCAUAAGCAGGUCACAUUUCAGUGUAGGUCUACUAUCCAUUUCUCACCGAGAGGAAGGGAAAUCAGAGGAAGAAGUAGCGCAUCCUCAAGCAACAGAACAGAAUGGUGGUCAGGAUGAGAGACCUGGGGUGCCUCCUGGUCCCACUGCUAGUGCUAGCUGGGUCCUCGCUGCCAGUGGACGUGAAAAGCGGGAAAGAAAAAGAAAAUGCAGGGAAUGUCAUGGAGGAUGAGCAAUGGCUGUCCACCAUUUCCCAGUACAGCCGCAAGAUCAAGCACUGGAACAGCUUCAGAGACGAUGAUUAUAUUCGUACCUGGGAUGACAGACAGGGCUCAGAUGAAACUGUGGACACCACCAAGGACCCGUGCCAGAAAGUGAAGUGCAGUAGACACAAGAUCUGCAUCGCCCAGGGCUAUCAGAAAGCCAUGUGCGUCAACCGCAAGAAGCUGGAGCACAGAAUCAAAGAGCCUGCCGUGAAGCUCAAUGAAAACAGCUGCAAGCCGUGUCCAGUGUCGGUUUCUGCCCCAGUGUGUGGGUCUGACGGGCACAACUAUGCCUCUCAGUGUAAACUGGAGCAGCAGGCCUGUUUGAGUGGAAAGCAGCUGAAUGUGAAAUGCACAGGCCAGUGCCCCUGUACCACAGAGCCCACCACGACGCCAGACACGGACGCCAAACAUGAGAGCUGCACAGGACAGGACCUAGCUGACCUGGGUGAUCGCCUCCGAGACUGGUUCCAGCUUCUGCAUGAGAACGCCAAGCAGAACAGCUCAGGAAAGCCAGGAGCGAGCACAGUGUCUGUGUUGGACAAGAGUCUUGUGGCCAGCUGCAAGGAUUCCAUUGGCUGGAUGUUUUCCAAACUGGACACCAACAAUGACUUAUUCCUAGACCAGUCUGAACUGGCAGCCAUUAACCUGGACAAGUACGAGAUCUGCAUACGGCCUUUCUUCAAUUCGUGUGACACGUACAAAGAUGGGCAAGUCUCUACUGCAGAGUGGUGCUUCUGCUUCUGGAGAGAAAAACCACCUUGUCUAGGUGAGCUGGAGAGAAUACAGGUGCAAGAGGUGGCCAAAAAGAAACCAGGGAUGUACAUUCCAAAUUGCGACGAGGAUGGCUAUUACAGGAAGCUGCAGUGCGAUCAGAGCAAGGAGGAGUGCUGGUGUGUGGACCAGCAUGGCGGCGAGCUGGCAGGGUCCCGUAUCCACGGCAACCCAGACUGUGAUGAGCUAGUUGGAUAUUCAGGAGAUUUCGGAAGCGGGGUUGGAUGGGAGGAUGAGGAGGAGAAGGAGGCAGAAGAAAAUGCCGAAGAGGCAGAGGAGGAGGAAGGCGAGGCUGGAGAAGCUGAUGACGGGGGCUACAUCUGGUAGAAAACAGAAAACCUGAGUUAGCAAUAGAGUUUUGGUGGCCAUGUUGGGAGGGCAGCUGGUGCUCUUACAGAAAUAAUGACUGGAACAAAAGUGCAGAAAAUUAACCACAUACAAUAUAGCAUUGACUCUGAUGAAGACCAGGCUUCGUCUUAAAUGUAUUAGAAACUUACAGCUUAUUCUUUUUUUGCAGUGUAAAGGUUUUUCCAUUAUGUAGACCAUAACUUGCAUUUUAAGCCUCAGACAUUUUCAUCUGAAAGCUGUCAAAAAAACAAUGCUUACUAUCAUAAACUAACCAGAGCAUCCCCGCUCUAUUCCACAGAAAUAUAUAUUGCAUAUUACAGGAUUCCUACAAGCUUAACAACAGCCGGAGAUGUGAGAAUGAUAAUACGUCACUUGGCUAGGUCUGCUGAGUACUCUCAGCUUUGCCUGUGGCUACCUGACUGCCUCUAAUAAUAAUGCCCACAUCUUUGGAUGCUGCUGCUGAAAAAUUUGAGUUUUAUUUUCUUGUUUGCCUGUCACAGACUGAUGUCUCAUAGGGAUUCAGUGCUGUCUCUGCUGAAGCAGCUGCAUGUUAUUUACAAGGCUCAAACUGCCUGCCAUGAGAGAAGCAAGCCAACUAUACACUGCGGAAGCGAAAACUGUUUGGCACUUGAUCUAUGAGUGGCCUUUUAUCAGGGGUACGAACAGCAGUGAAUUAGGCCGGUUAACAGUUGGUGUAUUACAGAGUUGUCAACGCAGCAACUAAUGUGUCAUCACAUCAGUCCCAUUGCUGCUGUUUUCACCUAGUUCAUCAAGUGUCACACAAUGGCUACUCCAGGUGUCCCAGACCUGGCAUUUGUUUGUAAAGACAUGGAAAUUAUGGAAAAUUGGUCUUAACUUCACAAGUCAAUGAUUGACGCUGCCACAAAAUACUUCAAAUUACAGUCAAAAAGAGCUCAAUUAGCAUUAAAUACUUCAAUACAGUACUGGAGACAAACAUUAGUUCUUCACAGCAAGCUGCUGUUGUUUGCCUGCCUAUAGGAUUAGCCGACUUCUGUUCAUUGCUGGGAGUUUAAAGUCAGGAAUGCUAUGGGACUCAUCCACUUUGACAGGUUAAGAAUAUAAUAAUUCAUCGAACCUAACCGCCCUCAGAAAUGACUUCUUAACCCUUUAGAUUUUAGUGCUCACAUUAAAAUUCCAUACCACAUCCAUUUUCUGGACAUGUAGCUAGGAGUUUUGGAAAACAAAGUCACCAACAGUAUAUUUUGACAUUUUAUACAUGAUAAUUAGACCAAGGAUUUACACCUUUAUUGUUAAAUCAGACAUGGAAAAUAUAACACUGCUGUUUUUUUGCCAAGAGCCUUGCUUUAAAUAAUCGAUACCGGAAAAUGACAUUCUGUGACGCUCUGGAAGUGAGCAGAUAAAAAUAAUAUGAAACUGUUAACACUGCUAGCAAUGUCCACAUCUCAUUCAGAAAACCAGUGAGUAUUAACAUGUACCAAAUACCAAACCAUAGUGCCUAUCCUUAAAAACAACUGUAAUAAAACAGUCAAUUAAAAAAAGGCUUUAGUUUGAAUAGACACUGAUACACUGCAUGCCCAAUAUUUAUACCACUAGUUACAUGGAAUGACAGAUUUUGUCAGUGUGAUUUUUAUUCUUUUGGAUGGGAUCUUAGCCAUGAACUGCAGACAUAUGUUAACUUAAGAACAGCUUAGGGCAGGGGUCGCCAACCAUGGUCCUGCAGAGCCCCAAUCCUGCAGGUUUUAUAGGUGUCUUUACAUCAUCAGUGGCUAAAGAUCUGGAACACAUUUGCAAAAUAACACAAAAAACAUUGGUUCAAUUAAGUAACUGAGAGCUCAGUUGAAACAAAAACCAGAAGACCCUGUAGCUCUCCAGGACCAAGGUUGAAGACCCCUGCCUUAGGGUAUUUACCAUGGUCUAGCUGGUGUAAUAAUGUACCAUGCAGUAGAAAAUCUCUUAAUGUGUUACUUUCUCUAACACCUUCUUGAAAGAUGCAUUAUCACAUUCCCUUGGGUUAGAAAACAGCAUCCACCAGAAAAGAGCAAAGAGCAACAUGUUUAACAUGCUGUUUUACUGGGCUGAUUGAAUUCAUGUGUAGGUUUUCAGACAUUCUCAUUACUGGCAGUUAUGUCUAAAGAUACCUAAAAUCUAAAGGGCUAAAAAGGUGCAUGUAAUUGGAAGAUUGCUGAGAUUGCUGUUAUCAUUCUCCCAAUAUUGAUUGUCCUGUUAAUUGACUUUUGGCACAUUUCCUAAUAUAAUUGCAUAGUAACAGCUGCUGGAGUUAUUCUGUCAACAGAAAAAAAAAAAACUAUUCCUCUGUUUUUUAUUGGUUUUAAUAAGAGAUCAAAUUCAAUUCACAAGAUCACAAAAAUAUAUUUACAGCUAUUUUCUUAUUUUCUUAUAGAAAAGUACUGUGGAUUGUUAAAGAGUAUGAUUUUCUGAAGAGUCCUCAAAUAGACAUAGUACAGAAACAGAAAAAAGAACCUGACUCCCAACAUGGCACCUUUUUAUAUUGAAAUAAACAUAUUUAUAUUAACCCUAAGACACACUUAAGAUGCUAACAUUUCAGCUGAACAGCAGCCCCAUCAGCCUACCACAUUUAUAUUAUUAAGUUGUUUUCAGGUUUGCACUCUUGAUGUCUGGAAACUCUAUAAGGGUAUUCCUUUUGGUAUCUUCUGCAAUGCCACCCAGUAAAGAUCUAUGAAUUUCUAAAAACAAACCCUCUGAAAUUGGGCUCAGAACGGAUUCUUGUAUGCUAACAGUUAGACCCCUUUAAAGCAUGUACAAAUGUUUUAAAUAUACAAAACUAUGAACUAAUUACCAUGUUAUUAACUUGGGUGAAAAACUGUAGCACCAACUGGCAUGCCAUUAGCUCCAAUUGUAAUGCUUCAUUCAGGCGCUGGAUAUUUAAAAAAUGAUAAAAAUACAGCAUUCCCAAAGCGCUAAUAAUUUUCAACGUUUAACAAAACUGAUUAAUGAUUAUUGAACUAAUACAUUCUCACAGUGUAGCCAAAAAAACAUAAACUCUUAAAUAGUGUAACUUUAAUCUGACAUUUAAUACAAAAAUAAGUUUGCGAAAUAACACAAAUAAAAAAUAAAUAAAUAAAUAAAGCAGUUCAUAUUUGAGGCUUGCGAAUUUGAGCACCAUGAUGCUUUUUGAUUGGUAUAAUGUUGAUAUAAGCAGCUUGUAUCUUUUAUCUGAAGCAGGUAAUUGUGUUAGAAAUGGAUGCCAGAAACCAAUAAAUAUCCUUCAUUAUAAAAAUAGGAACUCAAGCUAUGUAAUGUAAUAUUUUAGUGCUUUAAAUUAAUAAUAGAUGUAGCCAAGUUGCCUGCAUGAUGGCAAAAGGAACAUUGGAGAGCGUUUCAGACAUUAGUAAACAGUAUAUCUGGAUUCCUUUAGAAACAAGGUUUUUUAGUAUGGUUUGCUAUAGUUCCAAACCCAAAAUGUACACGUACACAUUUCUGUACAUAAAGUAUAUGAUGUAUAUCCAUGAAAGUAACAUUAUUAUGAAUCGCUCAUGUUCAUUUUGCUUUCUUUUAAUUUGCUUGAAUGGUCUUAGAACAAAUAAUUGUAUUGAAUGCUAAAAACACAUUGUUGUUGUGAUGAAGCAUUUUUACCUGGGCCUAGAUACCUGCUGACAAAUGUUGUAUGAGUUCUAUCUGUGACCCAGCUUUUUUUGCAAGGUGGUGCUAUUGUGAUGGUUGGCUUAGGGUAAAAGGCACCACCUGUUGGAAAAACACUAGAACUAUUGUUUGUUUUUGUUUAUUUUUGCAUUGUAACAAAUUAAACCACCCAGGUCAGAAAUUUGAAUUUUCAAUUCCCAAUCUUGAAAUUUUACACUUCAAGAAUGUGCCACUUAAAAUAAUAUUCAUAUUAUGCUACUUGAAUUACUUUUUAUUAACUGUGUAUGUUACUUGAAGUUUUGUGUAUACUUGAAUUUCCACAAUAGACACAUUUUCAGAUUCAGUUUUCCAUUGGUUAAUUGUAACUGUUGUAUGUUCAUAAAAAUAAGAUACCUGUUAGUUUUUAGUAGUGCAUGUUACUGAACUCUAUGUAAUUUUUCAUGUUUGAGCACUUUAACAUUAAAAGGCAGUGGGACUGAAA